UUUAACACACCAUCUCGAAAUCAGAAGCAGCUUAGGCAGGCUCCUGUUUCAGCUCUCCCCUCUUCUCCAUCGUCCGAUUACCCCUUCCCUUCCUCUCACCAAAAUCAACUCUAAACCAUCAUCUCCAUCAACCAAUCCCCAUCUCUCGCGCCAAAUACGAACUUCUCCCAAACCCCCGCCACCCCAUCGACCUCUCUUUCAACCCCCUGGGCAAGGGCUAGGGUUUUAGUGGAGAUGGCUGAAGCUCCUCCUGUGAGUCCUGGUGGUGGCGGCGUUGAGAGCGGGGGCGAGCAGAGCCCUCAGUCGAACGUUCGGGAGCAGGACCGUUUUCUCCCGAUUGCCAACAUUGGACGCAUAAUGAAGAAGGCCUUGCCUGCUAACGGCAAGAUUGCAAAGGAUGCUAAGGAUACUGUUCAGGAAUGCGUGUCCGAAUUCAUCAGCUUCAUCACAAGCGAAGCAAGUGACAAGUGUCAGAAAGAGAAAAGGAAAACCAUAAAUGGUGAUGAUCUGCUUUGGGCAAUGGCAACUUUAGGGUUUGAGGAUUACAUAGAACCACUGAAAGCAUAUCUGGCUCGAUACAGGGAGUUAGAGGGUGACACCAGGGUACCUGCUAGGGGUGGAGAUGGAGUUUCUAAUACAGUUGGAACUCAGAUGGGCUCUAAUGCCGAGCUCUCUUACACACAUGUGGGUUAUGCAAAUUCUCAAGUUUAAGAUGUUGGUGAGUUUUCUCUUUUGCGAAGUGGUUGUUUUUCGUGUAUUACAUUUCUAUAUCUUUUACAAAGCUACAGAUGACUGAAAAUAGGAUCUGCCUUCUUUUGAAGUCUGAAGGUUUAAAUUGUAUGCUGUUUGGUUUCAUUCCGCCUUGUUUCUUUUACCAGUGUCAGUUUGGACCUUUGCCCUUGUGGAUCAACUAUUAUGUGUUCAAAUCCAAAGUUUUUUUUUUCCAUGGAUUCUGUCUUCAGUCUAUUCAGCUUGUGUUGUUACAUCUUUAAUGCAAGAUUUAAUUAGAUGUAAAGGCGUGCAUUUGGAAGGUAUAGCUAAUUUGGUUGAGACAAGUUAGAUUCACCUUCUUAUUUAGCAAUAGUGGAUUACCGAGGAAAAGUGUAAAUGUUUAUCUUGAACGAGUGGACAAAUUAAUUAGCUUCCGUGGUUUUUCGUCUCAGAUAAGGUCAGUGUUGAAACAAAGAGUAAUUGUUUAUGCUUUUUAGGUGGCUUCUUGAUUCAAAAAAGUAUUUAGUUUCUCUAUUUUGCUAGUCACUUCUUGAAAGUUUCUCUAUCCUAGUAUUUCUGCAUUUUUCAUUUCACUGACUAGGCUUCUCCAAGCAGCAUUUGAUGCUCUUUAGAAAACCAUCUA